CGAGGCUUUCAGAUGCAAUUCAGGUUAAGGCGAAUUUUCACGACGGUUCGUUCGGCAUCAUUCGGCAUCGCUCGGCUUCGUUCGGCGAGCAGACGACAAGAAAGUCUAGGUCAGGAGUCAGGAAUAGGACAGAAGAAGCGUCGAAAAAGAGGAGCAUUUUUGCAACCGCAUAUUAAACACAGUGGACAAUCGGAGGAACUUAUUCACGAAUUGUUGUCUCUGACAGAUAUGAUAGAGAACCUCGCGGCGAAAUUAUGUUUGCUUCUGUCGGAAAACGCCAGCGCAGCCGAGCAAUGGAAGCUACUCGGGCAGGAGAAGGACGGCUCGAUACUCAUCGGAUGGGUGGAGGAAUCGGAGAGGAACGACGCGUCCACGUCGUGUACCGUAGUCGGCCGUUACGACCAGAUUGACAAUAAAUUACAGGUACUGCACCGCUUUUCGGAGGUACUCAACAUUGUUCAAGCCACGGUCAACCAAAGUCAUACUCUGAUGGGAUACGUGACGAAGCAGAGGAAUCGCCUGGGGACGUUGGAGGAUCCCUCGGAGGAUCGCUGUUCGGAUCACGAGCACGGGGAGCACGAGUCCCACGAGGAGUUCUACAGAGUGUUCAUUGUGGAAUUAACCACCGACGACACCAAAGUGCACGAUCUGGAGAUAGAGAGGUCUAAGCAAGUCCGGAUACAAUUUCUGUAUAGGGAAAAGGAGCAGCUGAGUGUGGACAAGUUUCUGGUGCUGAUACAUCACGAAUGUAUUUUGACAUAUACCGCUCAAUUCGACACGUCCGUAAGCCCCUCGAGGCCGAUAAAGGAACUGAAAUCCGAAACCCUUGUAAAAACGUUCAUGUGGGCACAAUGGGACAUGAUUAAUCAAGUCCUUUACCAUAUACAUCAUCGACGAAUUCCCGCGAGCGUGGUCACCGAAGACGAGGACGAGAGUAAUUCCCGGUCUUCGAAACCGACCCUCAGUGGUCUUCAGUUUCACGACGACCUGCCCCAUGAGACAGUGCUGAAUAUCCCACUAAACCUACCGCUACUGUCGCCGUCCUCUAGUUGCGGGACUUACGAAGACGACGUGAUACCCCUGCGAGUCCACGAUUGUUCCCUAGAUCUCAUAGUGGUGUCGGACACCAAGGGGAUGGUCUGCGUUUGUCACUACUACCUUUACCGGCCGGUACAGCCGCCGCAGCACGUGCUCAACUCCCUGAACGAGUCCAACACGGUGCACUUCGCGUACUCGGUCACGCUGCUGCAUCACAGCUGCGUGAUCCAUUGCGUGAUACCGGGUAUAUCGUGGUCGCGCGCCAAGCUGAUGCGGCCGACCUUCGCGAUCUACGAGAGCCACCACAUGAUCGUGUUCGUGCCGGGGCUGUUCGCGCAUCUUCUCGAGAUCGGCGUGAACCACGAGCCCUGCUGCCACAUCCUGUGCGGCCCGCCGCCGUCGAUCCCGUCCCGCGUCUCCUACCUGGUGCCGUUACUCGACUUGGACGGCGCCGGUAAGGGAACGAGGAGGAAUUCGGACGGCAAGAACGGCAGCUCGGACGGAGGUUCGCUCGCGGCGAAUUCUAACGCGAGCAUACUGACGAUAGAUUUGCCGACUCUGGACCUCGUGCAGCUGACGAUACCGCCGGACUUUCUCAUUGAGGUUUUCCGCAAAGAGACCUCGGCGGAAGUCCGCCUGGGGAUACUCCAUUACUUCCUCUGCCACAAAAACGACAUGGAAGUUAUCGCGGAGUUGAUGUCCAUCGUCGCGGAGAAGCCGCGCUCGUUGGACAUCCCGCGCUUCAUGCAGGAGAUACUCAUAGGCAACUCUUACGCUCUGGUGCAGAAGAACCUCCUCGCGGACACGGUCCCCCUGCUGUCCCUGCUGCCCGUCACUACCGUAGGGGAUUACAUGACUUUCGAUAUAAAGAUGAACGACUUGGAUAUCACGCUGAGUCACGAGAAACUCUGGAACACGUCGGUAAUGUUACUUUCGCCGCAGCAGAGGCUCGUGCCUUAUCGCAGCGACUUGUGGACUAGAUUGUGGGAUCAGUUGAGCAAAAACGGUGGUGACAAACUGCGAUUCAGACCUAGUCAUAUCGCGGAGAAGCUGUUAGUUUCUUUAGCUUGUUAUCAGCCGGAGGCGUUAUCCAGAUGCAGCACUCCAAUGUCUCCGAGCGGAGGAUUUGUUGCAAUGCCACUCGGAGACUUCAUGGGCAAUCGAAACAUCAAGCUGGAUUCGGGUUUGCCGUUUAACGAGACCGAAAGUUGCACCGCCUCGAAGCAGGAGCACAUUGUGUCGGUCAAUUUGCGGGAACUUUCGAUGUAUCUUCUAAAGAACGGCACGCACACGUCGACUAUGCACGCGCGAGGCUCUUGUACCCCGCUGCACGUUCAUGCCAUGGCCACGAGAUACGUGGCUGCGCAAUUGGAAUCGUCGCGCAUAUUGUGUCAAAUACUUUGCAGAGCAGCCGGCGUUGAUCCGAGAAUUGAGCAAGAGCGCGGCUUUAAUCUCAUAGACCAAUUGGACGAAGCGAGACGAUGGUUGUUAUUUAUGCUCUUACAGCGAUAUCGGUACGCCAUAGAGAACAUCGCUUACCCAUCACCACAAGGAUUCGCGUCGUUUUUUACUUACCUCGGCUACCGUACUCUCAAAUACUCAAUGUUUCUGCAAUACAUAGAACGCUCGGUAUUUGAACUUCAAGUUGACGUCACCAAGGUUAUUUUAGCCGAUAUCAGCGAUACGAAGGAAAAUGUCGUUCAGAAAUUGAAGUUGCUGUCCUUAUUGCCGAGAUCUCGCGGAAAGAGACUCUUGAAUCAGUGGCUGCAUCCAGUUAGUUUGAUGCUGCGAGCCAGAGAACACGCCGCGAAUAUUCUGUGCGGCGAAGUAUCUCAGAGUCGAACCGGCAGUCGGACCUUACAACACCGUAAUCAUCAUAACAGUUUGGCGGCAUUUCCUUCGGCGGAUCGUUUGUCGCCAUUGGACACCUUUUUGGAUUUGCUCACUGCAAAAGCUAGUCUCACAGAAUUGGAUUUCGGGCUGUUGAUAGAAGCGACAGUAACGUCUACUGAGGACUUUCUCUAAUGGAAAUUAAGUUUAGCUUGUAAUAAUCGAAAAAUCUCUUAAAUAUGUCAAUUGAUUCAAUAAUUAUUGAAUCAGUUGGGUGGCAAAUUUAGACAGGAUUUCUGUGUACUUAAGAUCGCACUUAUCUUAAACUUUUAUAAUUCUUAAAUCUUAAAUUAAUUAGGUGACAAAUUUAUACAAGAUUUCUAUGUAUUUAAGAUUGCACUUAUCUUAAAUUUUUAUGAUUCUUAAAUCGUCUAUGGGGAAUUAGUUCUUUAGGAAGGAUAAUUGCAAGAGGUACUUAUAAACAAUUUUUCUUUUAACAAGAAUCUCCAAAGUAGCAAGUGCCAUUGACGUUCAGUUACCAUUAGCGAUUACAACAUUUAAUGUUUAAUAAGCAAAAGUAACAGAAUCUAGUUACUUGACAAGCUUAAUUAAGUACUGCAUAUUGCAGAUUUAUGAUCGACGUUUGGAAAAUUUUCUUUCGCUUUUUAUGCGAAUAAUUUUCCUCUUGACGUGGACCAUCAAUUAGAAAAUGAGAAAUAGCGAAAACAUCAUCUUUAAAAAAUGUUUGUGCUGUUCUAAAUUUUUAUCAGCAUGUUCCUGCGCGAGUAACAAAAGCGUGGGAGUGAGGACUUAGAUAGUUAGCUAAAUCGUAAUAUUAAGUUUCGUUGGUGCACACCUUUUAUAUGUGAUUUGAUAUCCUCGAUUUAGUUUGUCAAAGACAUGUGAUAUAGUGAGUUAUGAAUAUUCUGUGACUAGCAUUCGCGCAUGCAAUGUCUAUUAUUGUAUAUGUGUAUUAUACAUUAAUACAAAUUAUUAUGUACACUCGUUAUAAAUUUAGUGUUUUAGGAUUAAUUAUUUAAUAUAAUAAGACAUAUGGUGCCCCUAUUGCUUUACGUAUUGACGGAGAAGGAUCGUAAAAUGUAAAUUUUAAAAACAAUGCUGAAUAUAGAAUUUAUCAAUAAAUAAAACGAAUUACAGUAAAAAA